AUGGAAAGGGUUAGAUGCAAAUUUGGGUUUUCAAAUAUGCUUGUGGUUGAUUGUGUGGGAAAAAGAGGGGGUUUGGCAUUAUUAUGGAAGGACGAAAUAGGAGUGGAGAUUCAGAAUUUUAGUUGUCGACACAUUAACGCAAGCAUAUGUCACAGCCCGGAUGGAAGACAAUGGAAAUUUACGGGCUUUUACGGGCAUCCGGAGGCGGAAAAAAGAAAGGAGGCUUGGGGUCUUUUACGAUUUCUUACUUCUUUGGACCCCUUGCCUUGGGUGUGCAUGGGUGACUUCAAUGAAAUUUUGUAUCAAUCUGAGAAGCGAGGAGGGAAUGUGAGGAAUCGAAGAUUAAUGGAGGAUUUUCAAGCUACGCUAGCAUUUUGUGAGUUGAUGGAUUUGGGAUUCCGUGGGCCAAAAUUCACUUGGAACAAUGGUAGAGAUGGAGAGGAUUUUAUUCAAGAAAGAUUGGAUAGAGUAGUAGCAAAUGAUGGGUGGUGUGGUCUAUUUCCUAAAGCUGAUGUUUUGGUGGAGGGAGCUGUAAAUUCAGACCAUUUACCAAUCUUUGUUAUGUUGCAUGAAGAGCAGCAACUGGGCAGAAAACGUAGAAGAUUCAAGCAUGAGGCACAUUGGGUGUUAGAUAGAGCAUAUUCAGAUGUGGUCAAAUAUGCAUGGAGGGCAAAUGAAGGUUGGGAAGGAAGCUGGGAUGAGCUACAGUGCAAAAUGGGACGCUGCCAGGUGGAGUUAAAUAAAUGGCAGCAAAGAAAUAAGGGACCAGAGAAUGACAUAAAAAAUUUGUGCCAUCAAUUGAUUGAAUUACAAGCUCAGGAGGGACCUUAUGAGAAGGUGGGAAUUGACCGACUAAAGGAGAAAAUUCAUAACCACAUGGAACAGGAGGAAGUCCAUUGGCAGCAACGAUCAAGGGUGGAGUGGCUACGGAAUGGAGAUAAAAAUACAAAGUUUUUUCAUGCGAGCGCCAACCAGAGGCGGAAUUCCAACAAAAUCCGGCUGGUUCAUGAUAUGGAAGGGAAUCCGAGAGAGUCACAAGAAGAUAUUGGCAAGGCCUUCGUGGAGUAUUUCACUACAUUAUUCUCCACCGGACAGCCUAGGAGAAUGGAGGAGUGUUUGGAGUUUAUGGAAAGAAGAAUUUCUGACGAAAUGAAUGAGAGAUUGUUAAGACCUUUCAUGGAAGAGGAUGUGGAAACAGCCAUUCAUCAAAUGGCGCCUUUAAAAGCCCCUGGGCCGGAUGGUUUUAAUGCCUGUUUUUUUCAAAAGAACUGGGCCAUUGUCGGACCGGAGGGGCGUUUAAUUACGGAUAACAUAAUUGCUGCGUAUGAAACUCUACGUACUAUGCAUUCUCGAAUGUAUGAUAAAUCGGGUUUCAUGGCGGUAAAGCUUGAUAUGAGUAAGGCAUACGACAGAGUUGAGUGGAAUUUUUUGGAGGCGGUGAUGAGGAGGAUGGGGUUUGCGGAGCGAUGGAUAAAUCUUAUUAUGAUUGCUAACCCUAAUCAAUGGAAUCGGAUGAAUGGCAUUUUGCAGCUUUAUGAAGAUGCUUCGGGCCAAAAGCUAAAUACAAACAAAAUGGCGAUCUUCUUUAGUCGAAAUACAUCGAAUGAUGAGAAGGAAGCUAUCCUAAGGCUUGCUGCAAUUCCGGAGACACAACGGUAUGACUCCUAUCUUGGGCUUCCGGCGGUGGUGGGAAAGUCCCGGACAAAGGAGUUUAGAACUAUAAUUGACCGGGUUGCAAAGAGAUUGCAAGAUUGGAAGCUAAAGUUUUUGUCACAGGCGGGAAAAGAGAUUUUACUGAAGGCGGUAGUGCAAGCGAUCCCGACUUAUAGCAUGAGGGUGUUCAUGCUCCCAAAAGCUUUGUGUGGUAAUAUCAACUCCCUUAUGCAGAAGUUUUGGUGGGGUCAUAAAAGCAAUGAUUCACGGAUUCACUGGAUGAGUUGGGGGCGUUUGGGGUCUAUUAAAGAGAAGGGUGGAAUGGGCUUCCGAGAGUUCUCAUGUUUUAAUAAGGCUCUCUUGGCUAAACAAUAUUGGCGUUUAUGGAAAACGCCGGAUAGUUUGGUUGCAAGAAUCAUGAAGGCAAAAUAUUUCCCAAAUUGUGAGGCUUUGGAUGCAAGCAUGGGAUCUAAGCCCUCGUAUGUUUGGAGGAGCAUUUUAAGUUCAAAGGAACUCUUAAAAGAAGGCUUAAUGUGGAGGAUAGGAGAUGGAGAUAUAGCAAGGAUUUGGGGGGAGCGAUGGUUAUCAAAUCCGAAUAGGAUUUUAUUCCAAUCCCUUCAAAACCAGGUUUUUGCCGAGGCCAAGGUGAGUGAUUUAAUUAACAAAGAGAUGGGUGUGUGGGAUGUCAACAUUCUCAAUACAUUUUUCAGAGAAGAGGAAGUAAGAGCCAUUCAAUCGAUCCCAUUAAAUAGCACUCCUCAAGCUGACAAGUUAAUAUGGGGUGAAACUAAAAAUGGUCUUUUUUCGGUAAAGAGCGCCUAUCACUUGGCAAAAGAGUUGGAGGAUAGGAGUAAGGCUGAAUGUUCUACGGGGAUGUAUCGAAGUGAGGUGUGGAAAAUGAUUUGGAAAUUAAAGGUUCCAAAUGUAGAGAAGGUUUUUCUCUGGAGGGCUUGCCAUGACAUCCUACCAACUAAAGAGAAUUUGAUGAGAAGAAAAAUUGUGGCUGAUUCGUGGUGCCCGGUUUAUGGACUGGAGCCGGAGACGAUAGAGGAGGUCUUGCUUCGUGGUAGGGAGGAGGAUAUAAAACUGUUUGCUGGUUUGUCACGUCAAUUAUGGCUGAGGAGGAAUAUGCUGCUUCAUGAAGGAGUUUUUAUUCACCCCAACAUGCUGGUCCAGAGGGUUGUAAAUGGUGUGGCUGAUUUUGGUAAGGCCAUGGGCAGAGAGUAUCAUGAAGGGGAGCCAACGGGGAGCAUGGACGUGGAAAAAUGGAAAGCACCUCCUACUGGUUGCCUGAAGGUAAACUGGGAUGCUGCAUUAAAUCUCACAGGGGGUAGGAUGGGGAUGGGUGUGGUCAUACGGGAUCAUGAAGGGUGUGUAAGGGCUGUCAAAUGUAGCCUUAAACAAGGAAGCUUUGACCCCGCUGCUGCAGAGACAAUGGCAGCCAUUCACGCUUUGAAAUUCUGUAUGGCACAGGGUAUGCUUAAUAUACAUAUGGAAGGAGAUGCUAAAAAUGUGGUGGAUGCUUUGAACUCAAGGGAGGAAAACUGGAGUAGGACGGGACAUCUAGUAGAUGAAGCAAGGAAUCUACUCAAUGGGUUUAAUAUUUAG